AUGCCUAGCGUUGAUUCCAACUCGCCAUUGCGGCUGGCGUUCCCCGCAUCCGACAUCCCCACGGAAUGCUUCAGCCUGCUCGGCGACGAGUACGAGUUGCGGCCGCUGGCGUCGACCGACUACGCGCGCGGCUUCAACGAGGUGCUUUCUUGCCUGGUGGAGACGCCCGACCUGGGUGAAGCAGCCUGGCUUGAGCGCUUCGACGCCAUGGUAGCUGCCAACGGCACGUACUUCCCCAUCGUGAUCGUGAGCAAGUCGACGGAUCGCAUCGUGGCGAUGGGCAGCGUGGUUGUGGAGCUCAAGUUCUUCCGCGGCCUCACGCGCGUCGGCCACGUGGAGGACAUUGUGGUUAACACCAAGCUGCACAGCAAAGGGCUGGGUAAAGUGAUCGUCUCAACCGUCAUGAAGAUCGCCGAAGCAAAAGGAUGCAGCAACAUCAUCCUCAACUGCAGCGACGAGAAGAAGCGUGAGUUGGACCCUUCCAUCAAGGCGCACAGAUUGGAUUCGUCCGCUGACAAAACAUUCGCAUUGGGCGUUGAAAGCCUUCUACGAAAAGUGCGGCUUCUCCUACAGCGGAUUGCAGAUGGCGAAGAGGAUCCACUGAGCAUCUACGGCCCACCUCUGAUGCCGGACAAACGCGCUCUGGACGCGCGCGAUGGGCCCGCCGCGCCCACCAAGCGGCUGACCCCACACAAUGACACCGACUCCGCACCAGACGCGAUACUGGGCUCGCUUAAGCAUCCGCGCAUGACGGGAAUCCCUGCAGGCACGUCGCCGUACGCUGCGGCACCGCCGUUCCAGCAGCCGACGCCUCUGUGUUCGUUUUCGUUUGACGAGCAGCGGCGGCUGUGGCAGGACGACCGAUGCAAGCGCUUCUACCGCGGUCCUCCCGCCUAUACCAAUCGACACCCGGUCCAGACGCGCGCACCAGCCGUGUUUGGCGCCGACCUGAACUACGCCAUGGAUCGGUAUGUGCAGCGCGACGAGUCGAUGCCGGAGCAUCUGGACGCGCUCGUGGCAGCGCUGCAGCAUCGGACCGAGACGGCGUCGGCGGAGGUGCGCGACGAGGUGGACCAGGAACGACGACGCGCCGGUGUGGUGACGUGGCGCGGCAUCAUCACCAAGAUCUGUACGGCGUACGAGCAGAGUGCGUCGGCGCGGUUUGCCGACCCGCUCGACCUGAACGCCAUGAUGGUCGACGGUACGCUGUAUCUGGAGGAGCACGUGUCUGCAUCCGCGCGUGCCGAGAAGCAGCGCAAAGAGGCCGACGCGGCGAUGAAGCGUUUCGGAUACUACGGGUAUGCGUUUGAGAGCUACUGCACCGUCGACGACGCAGCCCAAGUCUCGCACGCGCGCUCGAACGAUGGCGAACCGGAGGGGUGGUCUGGCGACGUGAAUACCAACGUGCAGUGGUGUUGCGUGGUCAAGACCAAGCUCGGCUCGAACCGACUGAUCAUCGGUGGCGAGGUGGAUGCUGUUCUUCCGAGCCACCACGGAAGGGAAGAGAUGGUGGAGCUCAAGACGUCGAUGCAAAUUACAUCGGCGCACCGCAACGCGGCCAAGGCGGCGGUGGAGCAGGAGCGGUUCGAAAAGAAGCUGCUCAAGUUCUUUCUGCAGAGCUAUCUGCUCGGCAUCGGCAAGAUUGUGGUGGGCUUUCGCGAUUUCCACGGCCUGCUUACGACGCAUCAGGAGUUUGAGACGCUGCGCAUCCCGCGCAUGGUUCGGGCAGGCCAUCCUGUGCCCGGCCAGUUCGACGCUGGUGGUCAGCCGGUGCUGCGCGAGCGAUCCGUGUGGGAACCCAAGGAUACGCUCGGAUUUGGCGACCAGAUCCUCUCGUUCAUCCGCGACGUCGUCUCCAAGCACACUGCCUCCUCACCGCCCGCCGACGACGUUGACGGCAAGAUCGAGCACGCGGUGUUCCGAGUCACCUUCCACGCGCCGUUUGAGCACGUCGAGAUCCGCGCGCUCAGCCAGUCGGAGGUGCACGACGAGGUGCAAGACAAGCGCCAGUCGGGCGACCGCGUUGGCUUCCUCCCGCGCCGCUUCUACGAGUUUGUGCGUGCGCGUGCGCGUCAGUCUGAAGCGGAGUAG